ACGAAAAGUGCGUGAAAACGUUAAAAGCAGCGUGCUGGCUCCUUAUCAAGGCGAAGAUACAAUAUUUAUUCCUCGUCUCCUGGGAUGCUGCGCGCCUUCUAUUGUCCUCCCCGUUCCUCAGUGCUGAUGCUUAAUUUUUCCAAACUUCUAUAUUACCAAGGGACCUACGACAUCAGCCGAGAAAUACCCCCGCAAGUACAAAAUCUGCGCGCCAGCCCCGUCCGUGCAGAGGGGAGACGCGCGCCUUGCUGCCCUCACACCGACUCACAGCACUCGAGGACGACUUGGUCUAUUCGUUGCGCACUUUUACCGGGGGAUUUUAACGCGUUUUUAUUAAAAAACCAUCGGAGAGGAGGGGGAAAACUGGUCGGUUUUUUUUAGGGGGGGAGAAAGCACAAUGUCAGCAACCUUUCCCGGACUUGUCCACGACGCCGAGAUACGUCACGACGGAUCAAACAGCUACCGGCUCAUGCAGCUCGGGUGCCUGGAGUCCGUGGCCAACUCCUCGGUCGCCUACUCCUCCUCCUCCCCGCUCACCUACCCGGCGCCGGCGGGCACGGAGUUCGCGUCUCCGUACUUCUCCGCCAACCACCAGUACACGCCCCUGCACCACCAGUCCUUCCACUAUGAGUUCCAGCACUCGCACCCGGCCGUGGCCCCGGAGGCCUACGGGCUCAACUCGCUGCACUCGGGCCAGUACUACCAGCAGAUCCACCACGGAGAGCCCGCGGACUUCAUCAACCUGCACAGCGCGCGAUCGGCGCUCAAGUCGUCGUGCUUGGACGAGCAGCAGCGGCGGGAGCUGGGCUGCCUCGACGCGUACCGCCGCCACGACUUGUCGCUCAUGACGUCACACGGCUCCCAGGCCUACGGCGUCGGGAUGCACCACGCCGACCAGAGACUGCUGCCGGCGGCCGGCCUGGGCCUCGCUUCUGCCGCGGACGACCUGCAGGGCUCCGUGGAAGCGCAGUGUGGGCUCAUGCUCAACGGCCAGGGGGGCGUCAUCCGCAGAGGGGGAACGUGUGUGGUGAACCCGACAGAUCUGUUCUGCUCGGUACCGGGUCGACUGUCACUGCUCAGCUCCACCUCCAAGUACAAAGUCACCAUCGCCGAGGUGAAGAGACGACUGUCACCGCCGGAGUGCCUCAACGCCUCACUGCUGGGUGGAAUACUGCGCAGAGCCAAGUCAAAGAACGGCGGCCGGUGUCUUCGGGAGAAAUUAGACCGCCUCGGCCUCAACCUGCCGGCGGGGCGGAGAAAAGCUGCCAAUGUCACGCUGCUAACCUCCCUGGUGGAGGGAGAGGCGCUCCACCUGGCAAGAGACUUUGGCUACACCUGCGAGACAGAAUUUCCCAGCAAGGCGGUUGGCGAGCAUUUGGCCCGGCAGCACAAUGAGUCGAAAGAAAACAACGCGCGGAAGAAAAUGGUUCUGGCUACAAAGCAAAUCUGUAAGGAAUUCCAAGACUUAUUGAGUCAAGAUCGUUCUCCUCUGGGAUCCUCCAGACCAACACCCAUCCUGGACUUGGACAUCCAGAGACACCUCACACAUUUCAGUCUCAUCACUCACGGUUUCGGCACGCCGGCGGUUUGUGCCGCUCUCAGCACUUUCCAGACAGUCCUCAGCGAGAUGCUCAACUACCUGGACAAAAGCUCCAGCGGGAAAACAAGCGGACCCAACGACCAGCAGAUCAACGGCAGCUCGGAAAAGUCGCAGCUCCGCAAAGCAGCCGAGCCUCAGAGCAAAGACGGCAAAACUGAAAAGACGGAGUAGUCCGAUCCACUUUGGGCCCCCCUCCCCCGUGCCUUGGAGCUGUGUGUGUGUGUGUGUGUGUGUGUGUGUGUGUGUGUGUGUGUGUGUGUGUGUGUGUGUGUGUGUGUGUGUGAUCCAUUAAUAUAUAUUUAUUUCUUUAUUUAUUGACUCCCUAUUUAAAGAUGUUUUCAGGACUGGGCUGGUCACUGCACAUUCCACAAACACACACAUGGUCCCCACUUGGGGAAACUUCUCCAAAUGAUCUGACAGGGUAUUAAAAAAAAAAAAUUUUUUUUUUUGUUUUUCUAUGGAACAACAUGAAAGGAGCCCUUACCAAUAAAGUCAGGACGUCAAGGUUGUGUCGCACGAGGACAGAAAGACUAAGAAAACAAACAAACAAACACACAAUGGUGGAAGAGGAAAUGUCAAAUAAUAAACCGUGAUGUUUUUACAUUUCUAUGUGACAAAAGCGCCUUUCUGAGCGCACGAGUGAGAUCUUUGCAGGCAUACUUUGGAACGUUACCAUGCCAACAGAUUUGUUUUGGAAUGUGAGAUUACUGUGUGUGUGUGUGUGUGUGUGUGUGUGUGUGUGUGUGUGUGUGUGUGUGUGUGUGUGUGUGUGUGUGUGUGUGUGUGUGUGUGUGUGUGUGUGUGUGUGUGUGUGUGUGAGACGCUGAUGCAAGCCUGUUCUCAUGAGAAUUUAGUCGGGUUUUGCACGAUUCGGUGAUAGGACAACAUUUUUCGCCCAAAGCGGCUUUAAAAUGAUACAAAUGUAGUUGCAGAAAGGAUGUACACAAUUAUGUACGCUAGGGAUGGGCGACAUGGCCUAAAAUCUGCGAUAACGUCACAAUAUUUAAACAUCAUUGGUAAAAACGGGUUACUAAUUUUGCUGCCGAUGUAUACGGUAACACAUUGCCUCACUUCCUGUUGUAUUAUUGUCUCAAAACUUUUAUGAUUCCACUUGCCAACACGACUCUUUUCCAUUAUUAUGGAUACCUCACAUUAGUUUUGGGCGAUACCACAAAGCUGGGGCAUCGAUCCGAUACCAAGUACUUGCAGUGGCACUGUUGGCCAUAAAUACUGACAUUUUGAACGAUUCCCUUUUUGCUCACAAUUAUAAUCAAACAGAAACACAGGAUGGUUAUUAUUUUCUUAUUCCUUUUUAAUACUUGAAAUAUUUUGAGCAAAAUAAAGUAAAAAAAACAAAAAAACUAGUCGUUUUUGCCCUUAAAGUCCUGCUUUGUCCUUCUUACUUCCUGUUUGUAAACAAUACCAAAAAACGACAGAAAAAGUUUUUGUGAUGAAGAAAUAAAUCUGUCUGUUGUAUCGACCAUAUACCGAUACUAUGAUUGGUAUCCUUGCUGUCAAUAUUUGUAUUGAUCCACCCCCCUCUGUUCACAUGCAAUAGCUCUAGCUCCUACAGCGUGCAGUGUAGCAGGUUGGGCUAUACCUUGUCCUCCAGUGAUAAUAAUACCUGUAAAAAACGCCGCGGAGGCGAGCAGUGGUGACUCUGUGGAGGGACGUUAGCCACCAGCAAGAAUGCUACAUUGUGUUAAAUUUGCGGUAAAUAUUAAAAGCUCUAUCGUCGCUCAAAUAUAUUGCAUUUAUAUCGUAUAUCGUCAAUAUCUCGCAAACGUAAUGUUCAGUAUGUCCUCCCGAGAGCUGAUAUCCUCUGCAGUGGACAUGUGUGUUUUGCAUAACGGAGCUAAUAUUUUUUUUGUGUGUGUGAUUUUUUCAAAAUUGCAAAGAACGCUGUUUUUUGGGAGGAUAUAUUGGAAGAAAACACGGCAGAUGCUCUACUAGUAGCCGGGGUGUUCAAUUAAACGCAAAGAGGAGGCUAAUUAAAAGCAGGCAAUAUUUAUUUUUUUUACUUUAAUCAUAAUUUGGAGUGCAUGAGAAAGUAGAAGGAAAAACUUGACCACAUGGUGUGUCAGGAACAAGUACACUGCACAAGACGGCAGCAAGAGAACCAAUGUUGUAACAGCAAGACAGAGCAAACUAAUGGAAUCCACAACAAGCAUCUCUGUGGGAACGUUUUAACGCACAUGAAGUGAAGAGGUUGCCUACAGCCACAACUGGCCCUAAUUAGACGUCUGUUUCCUUUUGUAGGCCACACACCUCGACGGUUAAUUCGACAAUUGGAGCGUUUACGUUUUGUACAAUUUCCAACUAAUUCUUGUGAGAAUACUGCAACAGCGUGGGGAAAGUAUGAGUGUGUCUUUUUCUUUUUUAGGGGGGGUUGUAAAGAGUUUAAAGGGUCCGAAGUCCGCCAUUUUGUAACCGUGACUCCGCAUUUCUUGUGCAUGUCCAUCUUUGUACACUUCCCAAAAACACAGGUUCAGAUCUCUACGACUCGCUCAUGAACAUUUGUAAAGAUAUAUAUAAAUAUUUAAAUGACUUUUCUUGUAGGAUUUGGACUCUAUAUAUGUGGAAUCCCUACAUUAAAAAAGAAAAAAAAAUUCCCGUGUUCAAUAAA